GGCUUCUUAUCUGGGACCUCCGCAAGAGGAGCACUGAGUUUUCGUCUGCGUUUAGGCUACUUGAUUCUCCUCAAGUGAAACUUUUAUCCAUCAUUACGCAGAAGAGGCAUAUCCAAAGAGGCUUGACUUUUUUAUAUUCUGAGACGAGUGAAAACACAUCAUCAUUUCCACAGCCUCAUUCAUGUUCUGCUGAGCCAGAGAGAGAGAGUCAAAAUGAAGAUAAGGCUGUCUCUGGCAGCGGCUGCCUUCCUUGCAGUGCUACUAUCCUCCGUCGAGGCCCAAGUUGAACCACCUUCAGACUUGAGAUUUAAGAUUUUAAAUGAGAACACUGUACAAAUGACAUGGAAUGUGCCACUAACACCAAUAGAGGGAUUCAAGAUACAAGUGGCCUCAGACACAGACGAACCAACAAAAUAUGUAUCCCUCCCCGCCACUGCCACUAAGACCUCCAUCACAGAUCUGACUCCAGACAUGGACUAUGUAGUAACAAUCAUCACAUACUCUGGAUCAGAGGAAAGUUUGCCCAUCUCAGGACAGCUCACAAUCCAAUCAAGUGGCACAGCGCAAGGAGGUCCCAGGAAACCACAGGUCACAGAUUCAGUCAAGUGUUCAUUCAGUGCCAUCGCAGAUUUGGUGUUCCUAGUUGAUGGUUCAUGGAGCGUUGGAAGAGACUUUAAAUACAUCCGUAACUUCAUCUCUGCCAUGGCGGGGGCCUUUGAGAUUGGGGAGGACAAGACCAGGGUGGGCGUGGUCCAGUACAGCACUGACACCAAGACAGAGUUUAACCUCAACCAGCACAUGAAAUUGGGCGAACUCCUCAGAGCCAUCAACACACUGCCUUACAAGGGUGGCAACACCAUGACAGGUGAGGCCAUGGACUAUUUGCUGAAAAACACAUUUACUGAGGCAAACGGUGCCAGGAAAGGCUUUCCCAAGGUGGCCAUGAUUAUCACAGACGGGAAGUCUCAAGACCCUGUGGAGAACAUCGCCAAGCAACUUAAGAACAUGGGGGUGGAGAUCUUCACCUUGGGGAUCAAAGGAGCAGAUGAGGACGAGCUAAAACAAAUGGCUUCAACCCCCUACAGGACCCAUGUCUAUAACGUCCUCAACUUUGACCUUAUCAAAAAUGUGCAGAAAGAGCUCAUUACCCAUGUGUGCUCGGGGGUGGACGAUCAACUCAACUCGCUCGUCAGUGGAGAGGAAGUUAUUGAACCAGCAUCAAACCUCAGAGUCAUGGAGGUGGCCUCCAAGUCUAUGAGGGUGACGUGGGAUGCUUCCUUUGGAGAUGUGUCAGGUUACAAGCUCCAGCUGAUCCCCAUGAUGGCCGGCAGCAAGCGUCAGGAGCUGUACAUAGGCGCCAGCCAGACCUCAGUGACGAUUACGGGCCUGUCUCCAGACACAGAGUACCAGAUCAGCCUGUUUGCCCUCAAGGGCCUGACCCCCAGUGAGCCCAUCAUGGCCAUGGAGAAGACUGAGCCAGUCAAAGUGUCCCUUGAAUGUUCUCUUGGAGUAGACGUGCAAGCCGACGUUGUCAUUCUGGUCGACGGCUCAUACAGUAUCGGACUGUCCAACUUCGCUAAAGUCAGAGCUUUCCUGGAGGUGCUGGUGAACUCAUUUGACAUCGGACCGGACAAGAUUCAGAUCAGCUUGGUUCAGUACAGUAGGGACGCGCACACUGAGUUCUACCUGAACACCCACCGUGACAUGAGCGCUGUGGUCAAUGCCGUCCGGACAUUCCCCUACCGCGGCGGCUCCACCAACACCGGAAGGGCCAUGACCUACGUCAGGGAGAAGAUCUUCUUGACCAACCGAGGAUCACGGCCGAACGUCCCCCGCAUCACUAUCCUCAUCACAGACGGGAAGUCAUCCGACUCCUUCAAGGACCCGGCCACCAAGCUGAAGAAAGCAGACGUGGAGAUCUUUGCCGUGGGUGUGAAGGACGCUGUGAGGUCCGAACUGGAAGCCAUUGCUACCGAGCCCGUGGAGACCCAUGUGUACACCGUGGAGGACUUUGACGCCUUCCAGAGGAUCUCCAACGAGCUCACCCAGUCCAUCUGCCUGAGGAUCGAGCAGGAGCUCCUCAACAUCAAGAAGAAAAGCUUACUCCCACCGAGGUCGUUAACCUUCUCUGAGGUGGCCGCCAGGAGCUUCAGAGCCACUUGGGACACCGAUGCCCUCAAUGUCCUGUCCUACCUGAUCCAGUUCAGACCGGCUGCUGACAUCAAUGGGGACUUUGUGUCCAUGUCCUUGCCCGGAGACACGCUCACCACUCUGCUGCCUCACCUCACGCCCGUCACCCGUUACGAAGUCAACGUCUUUGCCCAGUAUACCCAAGGAGACAGCUUCCCUCUGAAUGGAUUCGAGACCACACUAGAUGAACAAGGACCAGUGCGUAACCUGAGGGUUUCCGAGGAAAUUACAGAUAGUUUCCGGGUGUCGUGGGCGGCAGCGCCAGGGGCGGUGGUACGGUACCGUCUGACCUAUGUACCAGUCAGGGGCGACAGCACAACACUAGAGACAGCCACCGUCGGCGAUGAGACCACCAUCGUGCUGUCGGAGCUCUUCCCCUUAACAACGUACCGUGUGAUGGUGGCUGCAGAGUACCAGUCAGGCACUGGUGCUGAGAUGAAGAUCGAUGGCACCACCAAAGAAGCACUGGGAUCUCCACGUGACCUGCAGGUCUUUGACGAGACCGUGUCCACCAUGAAGCUGUCGUGGGCGGCGGCACCGGGCCGCGUCCUCCAGUACCGUAUCAAUUUCCGUCCUUCGGCGGGUGGCGAGAAGAAGGAGGUGUCGGUGAAGGGAGGGAACACCAACACCCUCCUGAAGAACCUGCAGCCUGGCACUGAGUACGAUCUGGCGGUCAGCGCACGCUACUCCUCUGGCCUAGGAGACCCUCUGGAGGGGAAAGGAACCACACUGGAAGAACUGGGCUCCCCCAAGGACCUUGUCACCAGCGACGUGACUGACACCAGCUUUGCGGCAUCUUGGACGGCUGCCCUUGGGAACGUUAAGAUGUACAGGAUCCGCUGGAAGUCCUUGUACAGUGACGAGUCAGGGGAGAAGACGGUCCCUGGAGACGUCACCGACACUGUCCUGGAUGAUCUGACCCCUGAGACCCUCUACCAGGUGUCUGUCCUGGCCGCCUACGGCAGAGGAGACGGAGACCCACUGACUGGACAGGAGACCACCGAUGUGUCUGCUGCUGCUAAGGCUCUGACUGUGUCCGAUGAGACCGAGCGAAGCAUGAAGGUAACGUGGAUGGCGGCACCGGGUAAAGUCAUCAACUACCGGGUGACGUACGCACCCACCGACGGCGGCAAAGAGAUGUUUGCCAAGGUUCCUGGCACCUCCACCUCCACUGUGCUGAAGCGACUGACGCCCAUGACCACUUAUGACAUCACGGUGCACCCCAUCUACAAGCGGGGAGAAGGAAAAGCAAGGCAAGGAGUAGGAACGACACUGUCACCCUACAAAGCUCCCAGAAACCUGAAGACCUCAGACCCCGGCAAGACCAGCUUCAGAGUCUCCUGGGACGCAGCCCCUGGAGAUGUGCGUGGCUACAAGGUCACAUUCCACCCCAGUGGCAAUGAUAUUGACCUGGGAGAGCUACUGGUUGGGCCCUAUGACAACACUGUGGUGCUAGAGGAGCUCAGGGCCGGAACAAAGUACUCUGUAGCAGUGUUUGGAAUGUUUGAUGGAGGCCAUUCUGCUGCACUAGCUGGAGAGGAGAAGACUACCCUCUCCGAUGCACCUGAAGUCGCUUUGGAACCUUGGAACGAAGCCAAGUGUAAGAGCCAGGCCAAGGCUGACAUCAUCCUGCUGGUCGAUGGCUCAUGGAGUAUUGGCCGUCUGAACUUCAAAACCAUCCGUGCCUUCAUCGCUCGCAUCGUCGGUGUCUUUGACAUCGGCCCUGAGAGAGUCAUGAUCGGUAUGGUUCAGUACAGUGGAGACCCCAAGACUGAGUGGCAUCUGAAUGCCCACCCAACCCGUGAUGGGCUGCUCAAAGCUGUGGCCGACCUGCCCUACAAAGGGGGAAACACCAUGACAGGCAUGGCCUUGAACUAUAUCCUCACAAACAACUUCAAGACCAACGUGGGACUGCGUAAGGACUCGCGCAAGAUCGGUGUGCUCAUUACUGAUGGCAAGUCGCAGGACGAGAUCAUCACCAACUCCCAGGUGCUGAGGGAUGAGAACAUCGAGCUCUACGCCAUCGGUGUGAAGAACGCUGAUGAGAAUGAGUUGAGGUCCAUUGCCUCAGACCCAGAUGAGAUUCACAUGUACAAUGUGAAUGAUUUCUCCUUCCUGCUAGACAUAGUGGAUGAGCUCACCAUCAACCUCUGUAACAGUGUGAAGGGUCCAGGGGGCCUAGACCCGCCCACUAACCUGGUGACCUCCGAGGUAACCCACCACUCAUUCCGUGCUACCUGGACCGGGCCUGAAGGUCCUGUGGAAAAGUACCGCAUCGACUACACGGCCGUGGCGGGAGGAAUCACCGAACAGAUGAUUGUCGAUGGGACGGUCACCACUGUGGUCCUGGCCAAGCUGACCCCUCUGACUGAGUAUGUGAUCAACGUCUUCUCUGUGACCGGAGAGGAGACCAGCGAAGAGCCACUGAAGGGCACUGAAACCACCUUGCCCUUGCCACCAUCGGGUAAGCUGAGGAUCACUGGUGUCACCCAUAGCGCCAUGAAGCUCAACUGGGAUGCCUCCCCGGGGAAAGUCCUCAAGUACAUCAUCACCUACAAGCCAGAGGAAGGAGAGCUCAAAGAGGUUGAAGUCAAUGGCGAUAUAACAUCCCUGCCUCUUACCAACCUCAUAUCUCAAUCUGAGUACGAUGUUGCUGUCACCCCAGUUUACGACGAAGGUGUUGGAAACCCAAUGCUUGGACAAGCCAUUACAGAUGUUGUUCCUGCUCCGCAGAACCUGAAGUUGUCCGAGGUGACCCAGACCUCAUUCAAGGCCACCUGGGAACACGGGGCCCCUGAUGUGGCCCUCUACCGAAUCGGCUGGACCAAGAAGGGAGAGAACAACUUCCAAUAUGCUAUCCUGAACAGUGAUGAAACGUCCCAUAAUCUGGAGAACCUGGACCCGGACACCCUGUAUGAUGUCACCGUCACAGCCAUCUACCCAGACGAGUCAGAGAGCGAGGACCUGAUUGGCAGCCAGCGCACAUUGUUAAAGAUGACUACACCUGCUCCCACUGGACCUCCGCAGAACUUGCAGGUGUUCAACGCGACCACGGUCACUCUGACAGUAAAGUGGGACCACGCCCCAGGCCCCGUCCAGAACUACAAGAUCUCCUAUCAACCUGUGGCAGGAGGCAAAGCUCUCUCCACCCAGGUAGGAGGGAAGAAGAACAGUGUUGUCCUCCAGAAGCUGAUGCCUGACACUCCCUACUCUGUCACCGUGGCUGCCAUUUACCCCAGCGGAGAGGCCAAAGACAUCUCAGGCCAAGGGAAGACCAAGCCUCUUGGUGGAGUAAAGAACCUGCAGGUGACCAACCCCACCAUGACCACCCUGAACGUGAAAUGGGAGGCGGCCGACGGGAAAGUGAAAGAAUACAAAGUCAUCUAUGUACCUGCUGCCGGUGGAGAUGAGAGCAUGGAGAUUGUGGCUGCCACUGCCACCACCACGGUUCUGAAAGGCCUCCUGCCAGACACCCUCUACACCGUCUCACUGGUGCCUGUCUACGAAGUGGGAGAUGGACAGAAACAGUCUGAGAACGGAAAGACAAGGCCCCUGGGUGGAGUGAAAAACUUGCAAGUGACCAAUCCCACCAUGACCACCCUGAACGUGAAAUGGGAGCCAGCUGACGGGAAAGUCAAAGAAUACAAAGUGUUCUAUGUACCUGCUGCUGGGGGAGCUGCUGAGGCCAUGGAGACUGUGGCUGCCACUGCCACCACCACAAUUCUGAAAGGCCUCCUGCCAGACACCCUCUACACCGUUUCAAUGGUGCCUGUCUACGAAGUGGGAGAUGGACAGAAACAGUCUGAGAACGGAAAGACAAGGCCCCUGGGUGGAGUGAAAAACUUGCAAGUGACCAAUCCCACCAUGACCACCCUGAACGUGAAAUGGGAGCCAGCUGACGGGAAAGUCAAAGAAUACAAAGUCUUAUAUGUACCUGCUGCUGGGGGAGCUGCUGAGGCCAUGGAGACUGUGGCUGCCACUGCCACCACCACAAUUCUGAAAGGCCUCCUGCCAGACACCCUCUACACCGUCUCAAUGGUGCCUGUCUACGAAGUGGGAGAUGGACAGAAACAGUCUGAGAACGGAAAGACAAAGCCUCUUGGUGGAGUAAAGAACCUGCAGGUGACCAACCCCACCAUGGUCACACUGAAUGUGAAAUGGGACGCAGCCGAGGGGAAAGUCAAAGAGUACAAAGUCAUCUAUGUACCUGCUGCCGGUGGAGCUGAAAGCAUGGAGACUGUGGCUGGAACCAACACAGUCCUGAAGGGCCUCACAUCAGACACCAUUUACACAGUUUCAGUCGUGCCAGUCUAUGAAGUGGGAGAUGGCAAGAAGAUGUCUGAGAAUGGAAAGACAAGGCCCCUGGGUGGAGUGAAGAACCUGCAGGUGAUCAACCCCACAAUGACCACCCUGAACGUGCGCUGGGAGCCAGCCGAUGGAAAAGUCAAAGAGUACAAAGUGUUCUAUGUACCUGCUGCUGGGGGAGCUGCUGAGGCCAUGGAAACUGUGGCUGCAACUGCCACAAGCACUGUCUUGAGAGGCCUCCAGCCAGACACCCUCUACACCGUCUCACUGGUGCCUGUCUUCACAGAGACAGAGGGCAGAAGGCAGUCUGAGACCGGAAAGACAAGACCAUUGGGUGGAGUGAAGAACCUGAAGGUGACUGAACCCACCAUGACCUCUCUGAAGGUGGACUGGGACCCAGCAGACGGGGCCGUGCGCCAGUACAAGAUCUUCUUCGUCCCUGUGGCUGGAGGAACUCCAGAGGAAAUGGAGCAAGUACCUGGAAGUACCACCACCAUUGUUCUGAGAAACCUCAAGCCUGACACACCUUACGCAAUAUCAGUGUUGCCUGUCUACCCUGUCAGGGAGGGGAAACGCCAGUCGGAGAAUGGAAAGACACUGCCUUUGGGUGGAGUGACCAAUCUGCAGGUCACCAAUCCUACCCACACCACCCUAACCGCCAGCUGGGAUGCAGCUGACGGCAACGUGCAGGGCUACAAAGUAAUCUACACUCCCGUCGCAGGAGGCCUUGAGAUCAUUGAGCAAGUCUCAGAGAGCACAACCACCACAGUUCUGAAGAGCCUCUCACCCAACACACAGUACAGAGUCACUGUGCUGCCAGUGUACUCGGAAGGAGAUGGUCAAACCCAGACCGAGGAUGGAACAACAAAGCCGCUGGGCUUCGUGAAGAACCUGCAGGUCAUUGAACCCACCACCAGUACCCUGAACGUUCGUUGGGACGCAGCUGAGGGGAACGUGCGCGAGUACAUCAUCGUCUACAUCCCAACUGCAGGCGGGGAGCAGGAAGUGGACCAGGUGUCUGGAACAACGACCACCACUGUUCUGAAGGAACUGAAUCCAGACACUGAAUACACUGUGACAGUUGUGCCUGUCUACCAUGAGAUGGAGGGUCUCUCUAGGUCUCAGAAUGGAAAGACAAAUCCUUACGGUGGAGUGAAGAACUUGAAGGUCAUCGACCCCACCAUCAACAGUCUGUCUGUUCGCUGGGACCCGGCUGUCGGUAACGUGCGCAACUACAAGGUCUUCUACGUGGCCCAGCCAGAUGGGAAGGAGCAAAUGGAGCAAGUCUCAGGGGGCACCACCAACCUUCUCCUGCGUAACCUGGAGUCCGAUACCCAAUACAACGUGUCUGUUGUCCCGGUCUACCCAGACGUGGACGGCAUAAUGCAGUCUGAGAUGGGAAAAACAAAGCCUCUGGGUGGAGUGAAGAACCUGCAGGUGACUGACCCCACCACCAACUCCUUGAGAGUCCGCUGGGAGCCAGCUGAGGGGGAUGUGCGCCAGUACACUGUCAUCUAUGCCCCGCUAGCAGGAGGGCCUGAACUCACGACCGCAGUUUCUGGGAUGUCAACCAACACCGUUCUAAGGAACCUUGUGCCAGACACAGAGUACAAAGUGACAUUGGUGCCUAUGUAUGGCGAUAUUGAAGGGAAGAGAAAUUCUGAAAAUGGAAAGACAAAGGCUUUGGGCGGGGUGAAGAACCUGCAGGUCACCGACCCGACUACUAGCUCCCUCAAGGUGCGCUGGGAGCCAGCGGAGGGCAACGUGCGCCAGUACCGUCUCUUCUAUGUCCCUGCCUCUGGCGGAGCCGAGGACAUGGAGCAAGUGUCUGGUGGCACCACCGCUACCGUCCUGAGGAACCUUCUCUCAGACACGCCCUACACCGUCACCGUGGUCCCCGUCUACCCCGAAGGAGAGGGCCUGCGCCAGUCUGAGACUGGAAAGACACUUCCACGCACCCCUCCUAAGAACGUCCAGGUGUACAACCCCACCACCAACAGCCUGAAUGUGCGCUGGGAGCCCGCCUCUGGCCAGGUGCAGCAGUACAGGGUCAUCUACACACCUCUGUCCGGAGAAAGACCUGCAGAGACGGUCUUGGUCCCGGGUAACAUCAACAACGCGUUCCUGGAUUUGCUCAUUCCCGACACGACGUACUCGGUAAGCGUCCUGGCUCUGUACGCCGACGGGGAGGGACCACCGGUGAAGGGAGACGGCAAAACAUUGCCCCGUGUUGGACCUAGGAACCUGCGGGUGUUUGAUGCCACCACCAACACACUGACCAUCGGCUGGGACCACGCUGAGGGACCUGUGCAGCAGUACAAGAUAGCCUACGCCCCCACCACAGGAGACCCCAUCACUGAGUUUACCGUUGUUCCUGGCAACAGAAACAAUGCCAUCCUGCAGAACCUGCUUCCUGACACUCCCUACAACAUCACUGUGGAAGCCAUCUAUGCUGAUGGAGCAGGGGGAUCGCUGAACGGGCCCGGACGCACAGUUGGCCUGCUGGAGCCCAGGAACCUGCGCGUCUCGGACGAGUGGUACACCCGCUUCCGUGUUGCCUGGGACCCUUCGCCGUCUCCGGUGCUCGGAUACAAGCUGGUCUACACGCCUGCGGGAGAAGAUCAGAGUAAGAGCUUGGACGUGUUUGUGGGUGACGUGACUUCAUACACCGUCCAGAACCUCCUCCCUGGCACCACCUACGAUGUCAAAGUGUUUGCCCAGUAUGAUGCUGGCAUGAGCGGGGCCCUCGAAGGACAAGGAACAACACUCUACCUGAACGUCACCAACAUUGAGACCUACAACGUUGGCUUCGACAAGUUCUGCAUCAAGUGGAGUCCUCACAGGGCUGCCACCUCCUACAGGAUCAAGCUCAACCCUCUGGACCCCUCCAGUAAAGGUCAGCAGGAGAUCACCAUCACUGCAGCUCAGAGCCAGUACUGCUUCAAGGGUCUCUCCCCUGACGCUCUCUACAGCGCCACCGUGUUCGUUCAGACCCCUAACCUCGAGGGCCCUGGAGUCAGUACCAAAGAGAGAACAUUGGUCAAACCUACUGAAGCCCCAACGCUACCCCCCACUCCUCCACCACCUCCUACCAUUCCUCCUGCAUGGGCAGUGUGCAAAGGUGCCAAGGCAGAUGUGGUGUUCCUUAUUGACGGCUCGUGGAGUAUCGGAGAAGACAGUUUCCGGAAAGUGGUGCAGUUCAUCUUCAGCAUGAUUGGAGCAUUCGACGUCAUCGGAUCGACAGGAAUGCAGGUGUCGUUCGUGCAGUACAGUGACGAAGCAAAGACAGAGUUCAGGCUGAAAUCUUACUCGGACAAGGGCAGCGCUCUCGCUGCUCUACAGCUGAUCCAGUACCGAGGAGGAAACACUAAGACCGGCGCUGCUCUGAUGCAUGUCAAGGAGAAGGUGUUCGCCCCAGAAAAUGGAAUGAGGAGGAAUGUCCCCAAGGUUGUGGUAGCUGUCACAGAUGGUCGCUCUCAGGAUGAGGUUAAGAAAAACGCUGCCGCACUGCAGCAUGCUGGUUACAGUGUGUUUGUGGUUGGUGUUGCCGAUGUGGAUUUUGCUGAGCUGCAGAACAUUGGCAGCAAGCCAAGCGACAGACACAUCUUCGUUGUGGACGACUUUGAUGCCUUUGCAACUAUCCAAGACAACCUUGUGACCUUCAUUUGCGAAACAGCGACAUCAUCUUGUCCCCUGAUCUACCUGAAUGGAUUCACAUCACCUGGCUUCAGGAUGCUGGAGGCAUUCAACCUGACAGAGAAGACCUAUGGUUAUAUCAAGGGAGUGUCUAUGGAACCUGGCUCCUUUAACAGCUACACAGCCUACAGACUCCAUAAGAACUCCUUCCUGACCCAGCCCACCACAGAGAUCCACCCAGACGGACUACCUCACUCCUACACUAUCAUCAUGAUGUUCCGUCUCCUCCCGGACACACCCACCGAGGCCUUUGACAUCUGGCAGGUGUCCACCAAGGAUAACAAGCCUGAAGUCGGGGUCACCAUUGAUCCUUCCAGCCAAACAAUUUCAUAUUAUAACAAGGAUACGAGGGGGGAGAUUCAGAGGGUCACAUUCGACAAUGAUCAAGUGAAGAAAAUCUUCCAUGGAAGCUUCCACAAGCUCCACAUCCUUGUUUCCCCCACCAAUGUCAAGCUGAACCUCGACUGCCAAGAGGUGGCGGACAAGGAGAUUAAGGAGUCUGGAAACACAUCCACGGAUGGCUAUCAAGUUCUUGGCAAAAUGUCCAAGUCCAUCAGCUCCAAGGGAGAAUCUGCAACUUUCCAGCUCCAGAUGUUUGAUAUAGUGUGCACCCUUGGCUGGACGAGCAGAGACAGAUGCUGUGACCUUCCAUCUAUGAGAGAGGAGUCCAAGUGCCCGUCCCUCCCCAACGCCUGCACAUGCACCUCAGAGAGCACAGGACCCCAGGGAACACAGGGGGCAGUGGGCGCACCCGGUAGCAAAGGUCCCCGGGGUGAAAGAGGAGAGACUGGCCCGGCUGGUCCAAUUGGACCGCGUGGAGAUACAGGAUUGCCAGGACCUAUGGGUCUGCCCGGCCCUCAAGGACCUAGCGGGCUGUCUAUUCCAGGAGAAGCCGGCCGCCAAGGACCCAAAGGAGAAGCUGGUGAUUCUGGGCUACCUGGACAGAAAGGUCCACCUGGGGUAGCUGGGACCAUCGGCCCAAUCGGACCUGCUGGACCGAGGGGACCCCAAGGAAAGGAAGGACAGGCCGGAUCCAGAGGUCCAACAGGACCAAUGGGACCUCCUGGAUCUCCUGGAAUGCCUGGGGCUUCAGGAAAACCAGGAAAGCCUGGUGACACAGGUGUUCCGGGAGCCAAUGGUAUUAAAGGGGACAGAGGAGAGAGAGGUGACUUUGCUCCUCAGAACAUGAUGCGAUCCAUUGCCAGACAAGUGUGUGAGCAGAUAAUAAAUGGACAAAUGAGUAGAGUCAAUUCCAUGCUGAACCAGAUUCCUAGCGGUUACCGUAGCAGCAACAACCCAGGUCCCCCCGGACCCCCUGGGCCCAGCGGUAACCAGGGUCCCAUUGGAGAGCCCGGACAGACAGGCAGGAAUGGAUUCCCAGGAAGUCCAGGACAACCUGGCCAGCAAGGCGAGAGAGGCCCUGCAGGAGAGAAGGGUGAUCGAGGGACAGCAGCAGUCGGACAGAGAGGACAAAGAGGACCACCUGGCCCAACAGGCGAAGCUCGGACCGGCCCUCCAGGCUCCACAGGCUCCUCUGGGCCCCGCGGUCCUCCUGGGCGCCAAGGGUUCGCAGGUAUUAGGGGCCAACCCGGCACUCCUGGCUACUGUGACUCCUCCCAGUGUGUCGGCAUUCCUUACAAUGGACAAGGAUACAGAGGUUCACCAUAGUAAACUUUCUAAAUCGCCUGUGCUGCUUUCACUUUGAAUUCCUGAAAAAAAGUCCUGUUACUGAGAUACUUGCUCACGUGCUCUAGAGCUGUUUGAGGAUAACCACCAAAGGAUAAGAUUAACAAACUAUGUUGAGAAAGACAAGAACCACAACGAGGACCGGUACUAACAACAUUGUAGAACAACUAGAUCAAACAAGCACCGGUGAUGGCAACAACAUACUUGCCUGUUUGCAUCUUGAAGCCAAAGAACGAGCAGACAAAGACCUUCUAUCGGGUGGAAAAGCAUGUACAAACAAACAAAAACAAUACAACAACAUUAACAUGGUUACUCUUGAGGUGAUAUCUGUAAAUAAACUAAUGAUGCCUUGUAAAUGAUGUUUAAAUCACAUCCACUAAAUGUAGUUUUUAACACCUGUAGUUAUGCUUUUGCCUUGUAACCUGCUGCUUAGUGAAUGCCAACAUGAAUGCUUCUUUUUCUACCACGUCCCUAAAAGUGAUGUUUCUGUAGCCUAAACACACACAGACUGCUCAGGGCCAUAUUGAACCACGUGCCUUUUGUACCAUGUGACCUUGGAGGUUUAGCUUUUCUAUCUAUGUACACGGUAGUAGCAUUCUAAGAAUCAUCAUUCAUUCAUGCUGUAGGAAUAAUUGAUAUUCUUCCAGUACCGGAUGGUUACCUCUGUUAUGUUAUGAGGAAUAACCUCUCAAUUCCAAAACGUAUGAAUAGACUGGUGGUAGAACUCUUACUUUAUUUUUUAUAUUUUGUGUUGAUAUUUUGUAAAUGAAUGAGUUGCAGCAAAUGGCAAUGAUGAUUCUGUUAAAUGAUUGAAUCCACCCACCACUCAAACUGUACUAACAGAAAACACACUGAAUUGUUUACAAACCCUUUCUAUCAGUGCCUUUGAAAAUAACAACAUGUAGAGGUAAAUUACCACAUCCACUCAAUUGUCAUUUCACCAGUAUACUGUAAGUCCAAGCCUGAAAAGAAAACCUAACACAACAAUUCAUUUUGUGCAUGUUGAGCCUGACAUACUCUGCAAAUUACACUCAUGUUCAAUUGGCAUAAAACACUAUUUCCAACCAGACCCAUAUCCACCUGAGCCUGAAACCUACGUAGUCCCAAUACCUGAAGAAGAAGAUGACUCA